AUGCUGCCGACCAUCAUCUCAACCAAAUACGGCCGAUACAAGACCAAUCAAGAUGACCUUGCAACCUUCCUUGCCGUCACUGGUGCUCUUUGCGGUGCGCCAAACACGCUCAUCAAGCCGGACGACGCGUCCUCGGACGAUGCCAAGUCGAAUCGACCCAAGGGUAAAGACCGCAAGCUGGCCAAGCAGCGUGCCGCUGGCAGCAUAAUCGAUGAAUCGACGCGUCAGAAGGCUCCCAAGCUCGCACUUAACAGCUACGUUCCCCUAGCAAAAAUCAUUGCCAAGUCAACCAGUGUGCACGGGAGGAUCCCAAAGUGGAUAAUCACGGUCAUUGACAAGAUCAUACGCGACCGCGAGGAGUGUUUUCGACACAUAAACGGCGAAGACGUGGCAGCUUUCCUUGCAAAGGGCCAGCAAGACGGCCACGUCCAUCCGAUCAAUGUAUUGCAGUGUGUUCGGUCAAUCCUCCUCCCAAAGUACCAAUAUCAAGUGGCAUCAAGCCAAAACAAUGACCAUCCCAAAACUCUGAGCAAGAAGGUCCUUGGUGAAACCUCCGGCAAUGCCAACACGAGGCAUACAGCAAAUAUGUUUGCUAGUCUGGGGAUCAAGUCUCCUGAGAGCUCGCCUUCUUCAGGUAGUGAUGAUCAUGACCAAAUUAGGGCGAUCGAAGCUGAGGAUAUAGAGAAGGCCGAUGCCUGGAGAACUUCACUUGCUCCUUCUCAGGUUUUUGCAGCCUAUCCAGAAGCCUCCCGUGAGGAAGCCUUGCUCGCGCUGGGAUCCUUGCGAGGUGACAUGAUGUUAAUAAGACAGGCGGUUCUGGAACAGUGGGUCAAAUUUAAAGAUGGAGCUGUCGACCCGGCAGCCGCCGCGAUCACUACGAAUACGGCGAUCGACCUCGUUCGGUCCCUUGAGAAGCAGGCUCGACCCGUCAUCGAAUCGUACACAAAGAGCCUUAACUCCAAGGAUACUCAACUGCCUGUCUACUGGUACUCCUUGGGCAGCUGGAUCAAGGAUAUCGACGACAAGACUUGUGGAACGAACAUCUAUGCACCACUCCUAGGAGCAGACAUCGACUGCCAAGCUAACCAAUCGGCCGACUUCAAUUCCCGUGACAACACAUGUGUGGAAGGCGAAUACAUGGGAGAUUGGAUUCUCGAGUCCCGUAGUUUCCGUUGGGCGUACAUGUUGAUACAGCUGUACUGUAUGGAGUUCUUUUCCAAGACAAACGCAACGUUCAAAGUACCUCCUGGUCAUGAGCCAAUCCGUUCAGGUAGCGGUGGUCGCCCAGAUGACGCCAAGUUGUUCGAGCAGAUCCGUACUUGCCACGGACAGGACAUUCAAUGGCUAUAUGAGCUCUCGUUCUUGGCUAACUACGGGUUCGGUCCCGUCUUCCCAUGUCUCGACGAAGUAUCUCGCGGCUUUCGCAUCAUGCACGAGGAUGUCGACCUCAAGCUGUGGGCCGUGUUCGGUGUCCAGGUAUUCUGCGAAAUCAAUGAAGUUCUUGGGCAAGCCGCCCAGCCCCAGCCACUUCAGUAUCUGAACAACUUUGUCCAUGGCAGCCUAGACUUCUUUCAGAAGGCCCAAGACCUUUACACUUCCGUUCUUGUUGUCAACUCGGGAGAAGAGGUUGGUGGCAAGAGCGACGAGCCUGUUAAAGAGGCUCAACGGGGACACACCGUAAUCAGUUGCUUGCUUCCUGAGCGACUUGACGAGGAGAUCGAGCGGAUGGGCCACAAGAGCUACCCGAAUCUCAACAAAUCUUACCUGAUGAGCCAGCAUCCCGUCCUGUGUGGCAUCCUAUUGCAUACCGCGCGGUUGAUGGUGCAAAAAUAUGGUAUCACUGUCGAGACUUGUACCAGAUCUAUCAUGAAGAUGGCUCACUUCUACAAUGCCUGCUCAACCUUUGACCCCAUCAAGACUAGCUGGUUUGACCUCGACCACUGCAUGACUGCGUUGCAGGGCCCCAACAUCUUCAUGUCAGGAAAGCCACCUAAGAAAGACACGAGGAAUGACUUUGGCAAGGCUUUUUUAUUCGCCGUUGGAGCAAUGUCCCUGACUUACGCUGCGCCAGAUUGUCGCGACAAGAUGGGGAGACGGGGUCGAAACUUCACUGACGACCAGUUCAAGUCGCGCAAGAACAGUCAAGGAAAAACCUUGCAGAAGCUUGGCCCGGUCUCUUUGAUGUUUGAGGACAGGUUAUGCAGAGCUGGCGACAGGUACGAGCUCAACGAGGAGGACUUGCAAGCCAUUACCGAGCGUGCAGCAGCCUACAAGGGCAGUGAGGAUGAGAAGUACCGCAUGCGAGCAAUAUCGAAAACAUCUCGUUCCAUUGUUGAGAAGCCCAAGUCAGUCGCCCAGCUCCUUUCUGACCUCAGCUUGGGGCUUGACCAAGAAGUGCUUCCAAUUUCUUUUCCAUACAUUUGCCUCAAUAUCGAAUGCACAAAAGUCAUCUGGAAGCUAGAAAUAAACCUGCGAUCCACACAUUACAAGAUACUUCACGGCGAGCACAUGCCUCCCGGCUUCGGAACUAUAGCCCUUCAUCUCCUCGCCGGACACUCUGACAAGCUUUGGAUCGCAGCCGAUGAGAUCCACAACUACGUCAGAGACAAGACGCCGGGGAGCACCAAUGGCUGUACAGCAGUCAAAUGGGUAGUGGGCAAUAUCCGGGAGCCUCUGAGGUCCAGCCUUGAGAAGAAGAUAUGUGAGCGUAUGCAGGAGGCUGCUGGAAGCUCGAAGCACACCACCAUCGGGUUUGGUCCUGUGAUGAACUAUACUAUUCCCGAGAAGCCGCAGAAUGAUUGUUAA